GUUGCGUUCAGCGGGAGGAAGCCAGGCAGGGUGCAGACGGCUGCUGAUUCUGGGGCUGGUCAGGAAAUCAAGGAGAAUCUCUGCCAUGGACCCACCUUCGCCGAGCCUGGCCUCCCAAACCCAGCCAGCAGCCCCAUCGCCGCUAACCUCCUACCACUGGCACUCAGGAGGUUGUGGGGAGAAGGGGGCUGGAGGGUUCCGCUGGGGCCGCCUUGCAGGAUGGGGGAGGGCGCUGAGCCACCAGGAGCCCACAGUCAGCAGCCAGCCGGCCCCUCGCUCGCUGUUUCGUCGUGUCCUCUCUGCGCCCCACAAGGAGUCGCGCUCGAGCCGCCUCCGAAUAUCCAAGACCCUCUGGGGAAGGCAUAAGAGCCCACCGCUGGAGUCAGAACCAGAGCCAGAGACCUCAGAGCCUGAGCCGGAGCUGGAGCCCCCUGCCCCACAGAUCCCAGAGGCCCCCCCACCCGACGUGCCCAUCUGGAACAUCGGGGCCUUCACCCUAUUUGAUGGGAGGCUGGUGCUGCUUGGGGGUGAGGAGGAGCGUCCUUGCAGGCCCCGGGUGGGGAGUGCUAGUUCCGAGGGCAGCAUCCAGGUGGCCUUGGGGAACCUCAGGGAUCCAGAUCGGAUCUCUGGAAAGACCGAGCCAGAGGCCGCUGGCCCCAACGAGGUCCACAACAUUCGGGGGCUGCUCAAGCGGCUGAAAGAGAAGAAAAAGGCCAAAUCGGAGCUAGGAGCCAAUGCUUCCCAGGAUGGACCCCCCAGUGCUCUGGGCUCUCGGGAAUCGCUGGCCAAGCUUUCGGAACUGGACCUGGGCGCCGAGCGGGACGUGCGGGUCUGGCCACUGCACCCCAGCCUCCUGGAGGAGCCCCACUGCUUCCAGGUAACGUGGGCGGGCGGGAGCCGCUGCUUCUCCUGUCGCUCGGCUGCUGAGAGAGACCGCUGGAUAGAGGACAUUCGUCGCCACUUCCAGCCUAGUCAGGACAACAUUGAGCGGGAAGAGACGUGGCUGAGCGUGUGGGUGCACGAAGUGAAGGGGCUGCCCCGGGCGGCUGCGGGGGCGCCGGGAGUCCGCGCGGAGCUGUGGCUGGACGGCGCACUGCUGGCUCGCACAACUCCGAGGGCUGGCCCGGGCCAGCUCUUCUGGGCGGAACGCUUCCACUUUGAGGCGCUGCCGCCCGCGCGUCGCCUGUCGUUGCGGCUACGCGGAGCGGGCCCGGGGGACGCGGUGCUGGGCCGCGUGGCCUUGGCGCUGGAAGAGUUAUGUGUCUCCCGCGCGCCCGCCGCGGGCCUGGAGCGCUGGUUCCCGCUUCUCGGGGCGCCAGCGGGCGCGGCGCUGCGGGCACGAAUCCGGGCGCGGCGCCUGCGCGUGCUGCCCUCUGAACGCUACAAGGAGCUGGCUGAGUUCCUCACUUUCCACUACGCGCGCCUCUGCGGGGCGCUCGAGCUCGCGCUGUCCGCUCAGGCCAAAGAAGAGCUGGCGGCUGCCAUGGUGCGCGUGCUGCGGGCCACCGGCCGGGCUCAGGCACUGGUGACAGACUUGGGCACCGCGGAGCUGGCACGCAGUGGAGGCCGUGAGGCUCUUCUGUUCCGGGAAAACACACUGGCCACCAAGGCCAUCGAUGAGUACAUGAAGCUGGUAGCACAGGAUUACCUCCAAAAGACACUGGGACAGGUCGUGCGGCGUCUCUGUGCCUCCACUGAGGACUGUGAGGUGAACCCCAGCAAGUGCCCGGCCUCAGAGCUGCCCCAGCACCAGAUCAGACUGCGAAACAGCUGCAAGGAGGUCUUUGAGAGCAUCAUCCACUCUUACGACUGGUUCCCAGCAGAGCUGGGCACUGUGUUCUCAGGCUGGCGAGAAGCAUGCAAGGCACGUGGCUCUGAGGCACUGGGGUACCGACUAGUGUGUGCCUCUCUCUUCCUGCGGCUCCUGUGUCCUGCCAUUCUUUCACCCAGCCUCUUUGGCCUAGCGCCAGAGCACCCGGCACCUGGCCCAGCCCGCACCCUCACGCUGAUCGCCAAGGUCAUCCAGAACCUCGCCAACCAUGCUCCGUUUGGUGAGAAGGAGGCCUACAUGAGCUUCAUGAAUAGCUUCCUGGAGGAUCAUGGACCUGCCAUGCAACGCUUCCUGGACCAGGUGGCCAUGGUGGAUGUGCACACAGCACCCAGUGGUUACCAGGGCAGCAGUGACCUGGCCCUCCAGCUGGCAGUCCUGCAUGCCCAGCUUUGUACCAUCUUUGCUGAACUUGACCAGGCAACCCGUGACAGCCUGGAACCACUGCCCACCAUCCUGAGUGCCAUCGAGGAGGGCCGACCUGUACCUGUGUCUGUGCCAAUGCGUCUUGCACCACCUCCGGCCCAGGUCCAUUCCAGCAUCUCUGCAGGAGAGAAGCCUGGCUUUCUGGCCCCCCGAGACCUCCCCAAGCAUACCCCUCUCAUCUCCAAGAGCCAGUCCCUGCGCAGCGUUCACGGCGCAGGUAGUUGGGCCCGGCCACGGCCGGACGAGGAGCAGCCCCCGCGGCUGCCUCGGCCGGUGCAGCGCACGCAGAGCGUCCCGGCUGGCCGCCCCGCUCGCCACCGCCCGUCUGCAGGGCCGCGGCCGCGACCCAAAGGCUCCCUACGCACGGGACCCGUGCCCCGCGGCCGGCCCUGGACCGGAACCUCAGCAUCGCUGCCUCGGAAGCCGUCGGUUCCCUGGCAGCGCCAGCUGGACCAGCCACGGGACAGAGACCAAACGCUGGGCACCCACCGACCCAUGGGCAAGAUGACGGAGCUGCAGUGCGAGGUGGCCGCCCUGCGCCAGGAUCAGAAGGCGCUGUCCGGCCUCGUGGAGUCACUCGGCACCCACAUCCGGGCCUUGAGCGAGCAGCAGGAGCAGCUUCGGAGCCAGCUUCAGAACCUGGCUACCAGGCUCCAAGAAGGGACCGCGAAGUUGGAUCCAGAGCGCGAUCCUCCAACCAAUGAGGACCACAGGCUGAAAAGUCUGGAGUGCCGCCUGGCCGAGAUAGAGAGUACUCAGGCCCAGCUGAGGGAGACCAUUCAGAGCCUGCAGCUUCUUCCCAGGACAUCGGGGUCCCAGAGCCAGCCCCUGCCACUCAAAGCACCCUGCAUCAACGGAGACACCACUUGAGCUGCCCACUCGGCCCUACGUGUUCUGGGAGCAGAGAGAAAGCGGUCUUAGGGGCCUUUCCAACCCCUGCCUCAAACCCACGUGGCCUGCAGUAUGGAGUGGAGCUGUAGGUGCCAACCAGUCUGGCACUAUCAGGUUGCCCAGUAAAAUCUUGAUUUCAGUAAAAAAUUGAUGGGGUUUUUUUGCGUCUAAGUGUUGCCAAUCAGAAAGCAACCCCCCCCCAUUCAGCUCUCCCAAACUCUCCCCUAACUGGAGGUCUCAGGGGAGGGGGGUGAUAUAGGGAGAGUCUCACCAGCUGUGUGACCUUAGGCCCUCACUCUCUCAGAGCCUUGAUUUCCUCAUUUGUAAAAUGGAUCUAAAGUCCCUUACACAGUAGAAGACCCAUAGUUUAAAGUGUUCAGUAAAAGGUAUUUGUCAUUGUUAGGGGCAGCACUUGCUUCUCAGUGAAGCCCAGAUCCCACCUCUACUAAUUCCCAGAUUCCAGACGAGAGCAAAUCCCACACCAGCUCCCUCAUGCAGUGAGGGCGUGGGUCUGGGAGGCAAAUGAAGGAAGGGGUGGGUAGGUGUGGAGAUGGUUAAGCUCUGCGAGUGGUC